AUGCAUAACCCACUCAUGAUCUGCUUUGUUUUAGGGUGUUUCUUAUGGUGCCCCCAGGUAAGCGGUGAGGAAGGUUGUCUCAACACUGAACUCUGUUCAGGAACAGAGUGGGACCAUUUGUGGUAUAUUUGGCUGGUGCUUGUGAUCGGUGGGCUGCUGCUCCUCUGUGGCCUGGUUUCCAUCUGUGUGAGAUGCUGUUUUCAUUGCCAUCAGACAGGGGAGGAAUCAGGUCCUCAGCCCUACGAGGUCACUGUCAUUGCUUUUGAUCAUGACAGCACCCUCCAGAGCACCAUUACCUCUCUCCAUUCUGUGUUUGGGCCUGCUGCCAGGAGGAUAUUAGCGGUGGCACACUCCCACAAUGCUGCACAGGGAACGCCACCCCUCUCAGCAUCAGACACUCCUCCAGUCUACGAAGAAGCUCUGCGCAUGAGCAGAUUCACAGUUGCCAAGACGGGGCAGAAAGUGCCAGACCUGGAUCCAGUGCCGGAGGAAAAGCCGCAGGCAUUUGCUGAGGGCAAGGAUGCCCAACCAGCCCUCCCAGGACACUAG